AUUUAAUUUCCGGUUCCGGUCAUUGCAGAAUCAUUUCAAACAUUUGGCGCAAAAGAUGGAGAUCUGCUUGAAUGAAGAGGAAGAAUAUAGGGUGAAGUUUACGUCGAAAAAAAAUGUGGUCGAACAAAUUAAGAAAUACAAAGAACUACUUAAGAAGUUAUUGAAUGGCCAACCUCAGCUAUCCGAGGAAGCCAAGCAACUGUUACAGGAAGAGUUGCUGGCGAACUUCGAGACUGCUGUUCAAGAAAACGUGUUGAUCAAUAAUCAGACGUGGGAGGAGGCUCCUGAUGAAGAGGAAGAUGAAUGCAGUGCACUUGACGACCUGCUGGAUGAGAACAUUGUGGGAACUUCUCGGAAACGACGUAAAGGUCCUAAAGAGAUCCUCCCCUAUGUCGUACGGUCACUAAAGGCGGAGCGUAAACUCAUGGGAAUGUAUGAAGAAGUAGUGAAGCCACAAGAAAUGGGAAAGGACCCAGUACAAGAAACCAUCAUGACCACCUUAUUGGAUGCUGCACCUCGUAUGUUUAAGCAAGCCAGCGCAGUAAUGAAGUCUCUCCAGGUAGUGCAGCAGAGGGCCGAGGGCCUGGGACAGGUGCUGAACAUGUGUCCCACAGCGGAGUCCCUGGAGGUGUUCAGGGAGGUGAUGGGCAGCAGGCCCAAUGGAGAGGAAAAGACAGCUAGUAGAACCAGACCACCCAUUAAGAGAGCCAUGGAGCAAACAGAGCUCAGAAACAACUAUGCUCCUGUUCUAAAGAGGCCAGCCAUUUGUAACAGCAAUGACAAACUUGAGUGAAAUAUAUGCCACAUAAAUGCUUCCUGAUCAUGGAACAUGUACUCUUAUUUGUGAUUGGAAGGAUGCAAUACUGUAGUACUCCCCACAGUGAUAAGGCCUAUGUUUGCAGCAGUCUGUGAUACAAUACUGCCCUCACAUGAUGGAUAAUGGGAAAUGCACCCAAUAGUAGUGUACAUUGUUUUUAUACUGUAUAUUUAAAUGGCUUUAGAAGGAAAAAUAUAUAUUUUAGCUUGGGUGUUCUUUUUUUUCCUUUGCCGUUUGUCACAGUUGAAAACGCACAGGUUGUAGGCUUAUGUAAAUAAAUGCUACUUAAACAAGCUGUAACAGCCAGGUUUAAAGGUCCAAUGCAGCUGUUUUUUUUUAUUUUUUAUCUCAAUAUCAAAUAAUUACUGGGUAACAAUGUAGUACCUUAGUGUGAUUGUAUUCAAUUAAAAUGUUAGGACUGUGGUGGUGGUCUGAGUUCCAAACCUCUCUGCCAAUUACUAUGUUAUUGGUCUAUUAACUAAUUUACUGCUCGAUGAUGUCAUCGGACAGGCCAAAACUCCAUUCCACCAAAACAAACUGCUCUCGCACUAAAAGGGCAUCAUUUUUACAGUAUUAUUCCAACCUCAUAGUGUGGAAAUAUACAGUACCUGUCAGAAGUUUGGACACCUCAUUCUACAUUGUAGAAUAAUAGUGUAGACACCAAAACUAUGAAAUAACACAUGGAAUCAUGUAGUAACCACAAAAGUGUUGAAACAAAUCUAAAUAUAUGUUAUAUUUCAGAUUCUUCAAAAGUAGCCACCCUUUGCCUUGAUGACAGCUUUGUACACUCUUGACAUUUGCUCAACCAGCUUCACCUGGAAUGCUUUUCCAACAGUCUUGGAAGUUACCACAUCGGCUGAGCACUUGUUGGCUGCUUUUCCUUCACUCUGCGGUCCAACUCAUCUCAAUUGGGUUGAGGUCGGGUGAUUUUGGAGAGCAGGUCAUCAGAUAAAGCACUCUCACUCCUUGAUCAAAUAGCCCUUACGCAGCCUGAAGGUGUGUUAGGUCAUGGUCCUGUUGAAAAACAAAUGAUAGUCCCACUAACUGCAAACCAGAUUGGGAUGGUGUAUUGCUGCAGAAUGCUGUGGUAGCCAUGCUGGUUAAGUGUGCCUUGAAUUCUAAAUAAAUCAGUGUCACCAGCAAAGCACCUCCUUGCUUCACAGUGGGCACCACACAUGCAGAGAUCAUCCGUUCACCUACUCUGCAUCUCAAAGACACGGCGGUUGGAACCAAAAAUCUUGAAUUUGGAUUCAUCAGACCAAAGGACAGAUUUCCACCGGUCUAAUGUCCACUGCUUGUGUUUCUUGGCCCAAGCAACUCUUGUUAUUGGUGUCCAUUAGUAGUGGUUUCUUUGCAGAAAUUCAACCAUGAAGGCCUGAUUUGUGCAGUCUCUGAACAGUUGAUGUUGAGAUGUAUUACUUGAACUCUGAGAAGCAUUUAUUUGGGCUGCAAUCUGAGGUGCAGUUAACUCUAAUGAAUUUAUCCUCUGCAGCAGAGGUAACUCUGGGUCUUCCUUUCCUGUGGCGGUCCUCAUGAGAGCCAAUUUCAUCAUAGUGCUUGAUGGGUUUUGCGACUGCACUUGAAGAAACUUUAAAAGUUCUUGAAAUGUUCCGUAUUGACUGACCUUCAUGUAUUAAAGUAAUUGUGGACUGUUGAUGGACCCUAUCUGGUCUAAAAUGUAAUUUAAAUGUAUGACACACGAAUAUAUUAUAUAUAACAAGCCUACAUCUAUUUGCAACAAUUCAAGUAGUAUCAUACAGGUACAGUAAACGUAUAGGAUAUUUUCCGCUUGUCCUAAAUCAGCUUUUUAGAGCGCACUUUAUUCUGUUGCUGGUUGAACACUCAAGGGCAUCUGACGCUUUUUAGCACGUGACUUAAAAUAAAUAUUGAAAAGAAGCGGCAAGUGCAGUUUGAACAAGUGAAACUGUUUGUCUCGCAUACGCCCGGUCUCACUUGUACAUACCUUGGAUCUUGCUAUCUGAAAUAAAAUCCGAGGAGG